GAGAAAGAGAGAGAGAGAGAGAGAGAGGGAGAGAGAGAAAGAGAGAGAGAAAGAGUGAGCAAGUGAAAGCCCAUACACUCCCUAGAAUGGUUGGUUAAAAGCGGACAAGUCUACCGCCAUCCUUACUAAAGUGAAAAUAAAGUUUUUGUGUUAUUUUAUACUUUUCAUCAACCAGCAUUAUGUUUCUAUUGGGACAAUCUGAAGAGUUGUGUGUCCCGAACACCUGUUGAAGACUCAGAGACAUGCUGCUCAGGAGGGUUCCCGGCAGCCACAGCUUGUCCUGAAUGUGUGCGGCAGCCAACAGUGUGCUCCCACUGAGGGGACCCAGCGAGGGCUUUGCGAUUCCUGGCAGGCUCUGUGGAGGGGUGUCAAUGCCCACUCAUUCCCCUGAAGUCCGGUCACAUGGACCCCCACACCCCCACGACCCAGAGAUGGACCUGGCCUGGCAGGAACUGAUGGCCAUCACUGAGCUUCAGGAGUUUGACGUCCCCCAUGACAACCCAUACGAAACCAUCCAGUACCAUCCCAUGGAGCCUUCUGUCUCUCUGGGAGGCUACGGCUUAGCUCAGCCUCACUUGGCGCCACUCCCCUGCUGCGGGGAUGCCAACCCGGCCUCCGCCUACCAGGGAUCGUACUCAGAGGUGGCACAUGCCUGCCAACGGCAGGCCGGCCACGGCACAUUGGGGCCGACACACGGGCACCACGGAAUCCAGCAGAACCCCAGGGGCCUGAACGCCCAGCAUCCGCCCCUCAUGAGCCUUCUGGAACACAUGAGUCUGACAGGCACCGGUGGCAACGGGCACAUCGGGAAAGACAACGCUGCCCUCGCCCAUUGUCUGGCUCGGCACACACCAGGGACCGGCCACGGGCAGAGCAAACACGGGCCACGCGCCGUGGACGACCUGGAGUCUGACUCUGGCCUGUCUCUGGGGUCCAGCCCGCCGCUGGCCUCGCCGGACGACGCGAUGGCCAGGGCGCCUGCUUAUCCGAGCACUGAGGCGGGUCUCAACUAUAGCGACGGGGAGAUGGAGAGUAUCGGGGAGCAGGGCAGGAAAGCAAGCCUCUAUAACACGGACUACCAGCAGCAUCCCGCACACCUCUACUCAGGACCACACCCCUACUACUGCCCCGUGACUCAGCCAGGCCAACCGCAGCCACAGCAUCACUUCCUUCCUCUUGGGCUGACGAAACAUCAACAGGGAUCGCCCGUUGCUGUGAACAACCUGCACCGAAACUGGCCAGCCAGCAGAGGGAGUGUUUCCCAGGCAUUGUACGCAAAGCCCAGGGGCAACCCUCCACCGGCCCCUCUAAGCCGGGACGAACGGCGAGCUCACGCCCUCAAAAUCCCCUUCCCCUUGGAGAAGAUCAUCAACCUACCAGUGGACGACUUCAACGAACUCCUGACCCAGUACACGCUCACAGACAACCAGCUGGCCCUGGUCAGGGACAUUCGCCGACGCGGUAAGAACAAGGUGGCAGCGCAGAACUGCAGGAAGAGGAAGCUGGAGAACAUUGUUUACCUGGAGGGGGAGGUGGGCCAGCUGCAUUCCCAGAGGGAACACCUGGCCAGGGAACGCAUGGAGUUUCAACGGAACCUGGCUAUCGUUAAACACAGUCUUACAGAGCUGUACGCAGAAGUCUUCUCUCAGCUCCGGGAUGAAAAUGGCCAUCCUUACUCUAUAGAUGAAUACUCUCUGCAGCAGACACCUGACGGAAAUGUGUUCUUGGUACCACAAAGUGACAUGUUGGAUGGGGAAUAAUUGAGACUGUGGGACAAUGUGUACUGCCAUAAUGUACAAUAAUGUGUAACAUUAAACAGCAAUAUAUGCAAUAAGGCAGCUAUCGGGGGAUGUCAGAGGGCCACCACACAGAAUUCCUUACUAAUAAAUCCCUGCAAUUCCCUUGGUGUUGCAGAUUUUGAAUACGAGGAAAUGUUGGGAUGUGCCUUUUGAUCAAAUUUUAUUCCACAUUACUUCGGCUUCUAUGCUCGGUAUAAGUGUGAUGUUCCUUGCGCUGAGUAUUUGGCUGAGAGAUUCCAAUGUAACUUUUGGUUAACGGUAUAAGAAACACUAGCUUCGCUACCAGUCUGUAGUACUUAUAUUCCCACAUUAUCUCAGGGAAACUGUGGGGUACCCCAGUUUUCCAUAGUCCUGGAGCACUGAAGAAAAUUUGACUAGUGUAACAAGUGGAAUUUAAGUAUGAUCAAUUUGCUGGGCCAGGCAGGUGGAUAACAUCUUGUAAGACCCCAGGAAGAAUACUUCCUACCCCAGCAACAAAGUGAAAAUAGCUGUUGUCACAGUAUAGCAAGAGAACAAGUAUUGCACAUGUAAUGUAAAAAAAUAUUUUAUUGAUAAAACAGGAAUGUAGUGUAAAAAAAGCCCUGCACAGCAGUCUUUGUAGUAAAAAAUGGCCCAUUGCAUCUUCUCUCCAGGGUC